GCUCCAUCUGUGGUGUAACCUGAGCGUCUCUGGAGCACACCAGAAACAGCAAAUGAUGCUGAACCUCACGCUGCCUGCGGACUGAAGAUUUGAUGAAAUGCUCUAUUAUGAUCAAGAUAUCCAAGGAAAGCUGACACCUGAGCCACUCUGGGCUCAGAGAGCUCCUUUGUUCAAGCUUGGCAUAAUCUCAGUGUUCAGCCUCCUUAGACAAUCCGCCUCAGGGACAGGAGCCAUGGGACAGGAGCUGGAGCUCAGACAUGGGUAACAAGCAGACCACCUUUACUCCGGAACAACUGGAUGCCUAUCAGGAUGCAACAUUUUUCACAAGGAAAGAAAUUCUGAGGUUGUUCUACAGGUACCGCGACCUGGCCCCUCAGCUGGUCCCUCUUGAUUACACCAGUAAGCCCAAGGUGAAGCUCCCCUACGAACUCAUUGGCAGCAUGCCAGAGCUUAAGGACAACCCCUUCCGGCAGCGGAUAGCUGAGGUCUUCUCCGAGGACGGUGAGGGCAACAUGACCUUAGAUGACUUCUUGGACAUGUUUUCAGUGAUGAGUGAAAUGGCCCCUCGAGACCUCAAGGCUUAUUAUGCCUUCAAAAUUUAUGACUUCAACAAUGAUGACUACAUCUGCAAGUCCGACUUGGAGAAGACGGUCAACAAACUGACGCGCAGAGAGCUGACUCCAGAGGAAGUCAGUCUGGUGUGCAACAAGGUGAUUGAUGAAGCUGACUUGGAUAAUGAUGGCCAGCUGUCCCUGGAGGAUUUCCAGCACAUGAUUGUAAGAGCGCCUGACUUCCUCAGCACUUUUCAUAUUAGAAUUUGAUACACACCCCCAAAAGCCCUCCAGGAUUUGGGUGCCUUGUGUGCCAUUAGUAACCCCACUGCUUUCAACGACGAGGCUGAAGCUGGAUGAGAUUAUUUCUGGAGCUUCCUGUGAAUCUGAAGCAGCUGAAGACAUCAGUGAUUGCAGAAGAGAAAUAAAUAGUCUUACUUUUGUC